AUGGACAUCCACAAGGAUACUAUCCAUAGCAUCGAGACUGACUUCAGCCAAAAGAAAAUUGUUACGUCGUGCUCCGAUGGAAUUGUACGUGUCUUUUCGAAGGGCACUGCAGACUCUCCUCACAACCUGGCUCUGGAGAUGGAGCUGAAUGGAAACUCGGGCCCGGCAACAAAAGCGAUUUUUCUAAAUCAAGGUGAGUUUAUUGCAUCAUCUUACUUCAGCGGGAAGGUCAUUGUUUGGAAGUAUGAGAACGGGAAGUUCAACAAGAAGUAUGAAAAGCAGCUUCUUAAUGGAUCGGUAAACGACAUUUCGGGAAGAUGGAACGGAGGCUCGUUUACCUUGUUCUGUGGGUGUUCGGAUGGAAAUGUAAGGGUCCUAGCAGUUGAUUCCUCCUUUGGCGUAACAGAGUCAGAGAUCUUCAGCCACCGGUUUGGGGUUUCAUGUGUCAGUGCUACGGAAAACGGGUUUGUAAGUGGAGGAAUGGAUUACUCUGUGGCAGUGUGGGAAGGAAGCGAAGAGGUUGCACGGUUUAGGGAUCAUAAGGGAUUUGUAAGAGAUGUUUCUGUCUGCCCGCCGAAUUCCUUCAAGCUGUUUUGCAUGGCAAGCUGUUCUGAAGACGGCACUGUAAUGAUCUACACUAGAAAUGAAGGAGAAUACAAAUUGCAGAAGAUUGUCCUGGAUGAGCCAUGCUAUAGCCUUUCCUGGAGCUUUUCUGGAUUUAGUCUCAGUGUUGGAUAUGGAGACUCCCGAUUCAAGUGUUUUGUGCCCGACAGUAGUGGAGAGUUCAAAGAAGUGGGUCUCAAGAAGAUUGAGAGUUGA